CCAACCGGCUCAGGACGCGCUGGGCCAUUAACGCCUUAGUUGGAUCUGGGGGAGCCCAGCAGGCGUUCGGAGCCAGAUAAAACUCAUCAGUGCCUUGAAACAGAUUUCAAGCAACAGAAUCCUCGGAUGCAUGUAUAAAGUCUUGUAAAGGCCAUGGUAAAAGAAAAGAAAAAAGACAAAAAAGGGGAGAAGUCUACCCGCUCUCCCACGUCCCUCUUGGAUUAUCCAGAGCUGCCCAAACAAGAUGGCAAUACUGCCAGACAAGAAGUGUCCUCAGGCACUAUCCCACCAUUGGAAAUGAUGCUCAAUGAACUGGGCUCCAAAAGACAGUCCAGAGACGAGAAGCAGCAGGGCAAAGAUGCCACUCAGUAUGAAGAGCCCAUACUGACCAAACUCAUCGUUGAAAGCUAUGAAGGGGAAAAAGUCCAUGGACUGUAUGAGGGAGAGGGCUUUGCAGUUUUCCAAGGAGGUUGUACUUACCACGGUAUGUUUUCAGAAGGACUCAUGCAUGGACAAGGGACUUAUAUUUGGGCUGAUGGAUUGAAAUAUGAGGGAGACUUUGUGAAGAACGUCCCCAUGAACCAUGGCACAUACACGUGGCCGGAUGGCAGCACCUAUGAAGGAGAAGUGGUCAACGGCAUGAGGACCGGAUUUGGCAUGUUCAAGUGCAGCACGCAGCCCGUGUCCUACAUCGGUCACUGGUGCCAUGGCAAGAGACACGGGAAGGGCUCCAUUUAUUACAAUCAGGAAGGUACCUCUUGGUACGAGGGAGACUGGGUCCACAACAUCAAAGAGGGCUGGGGGAUAAGAUGUUACAAAUCUGGAAAUAUAUACGAAGGUCAGUGGGCAAACAACGUGCGCCACGGGGAAGGUAGGAUGAGAUGGCUGACAACCAAUGAGGAGUACACUGGCCAGUGGGGGAAGGGCAUCCAGAAUGGCUUUGGAACACACACAUGGUUUCUAAAGAGAAUCCCCAACUCCCAGUAUCCUUUGAGAAAUGAAUACAUAGGGGACUUUGUAAAUGGAUAUCGUCACGGCAAUGGAAAGUUUUACUAUGCCAGUGGAGCCAUAUACGAGGGAGAAUGGGUCUCCAAUAAAAAACAUGGCAUGGGCCGAUUAACUUUCAAGAAUGGGCGUGUGUACGAUGGCCUGUUCUCCUAUGAUCACAUAGCGGAGUUUCCAGACCUGGAAGGUGCACUGGUAAAUUACCCAGGCCUGUCCUCAGAAUGCGCUGUCAGGAGCCAGUACCAAGGACCUUCCACCAGUGCUGAAGUUAUCAGAAAGCUUGAUGGCAGUGAAAGCAAGUCAGUGUUAGGAUCGAGCAUUGAGUUGAAUUUACAUUUGCUGCUGAGUAUGUACCCUGAGAAAGACCAACCAGAGGAAAAGAAGCAGGCCGAAUAUGCUGUCUUACGAAAUCUUACCGAGCUAAGAAGAAUCUACAGCUUUUACAGCAGCCUAGGGUGCGAUCAGUCCCUGGAUAACACCUUCCUGAUGACGAAGCUUCACUUCUGGAGGUUCCUGAAAGACUGCAAAUUUCAUCACCAUAAAAUCACCCUUGCUGAUAUGGACAGAGUAUUAAGUGCCCAUCAGGACAUACCAGUGGAAGAAAUUCAUUCUCCAUUUACAACAAUACUUCUGAGAACAUUUCUAAAUUACCUCCUGCAGCUGGCUUACCACAUUCAUCACAAAGUAUACCAAAAUACAAGCCCAUCGCUCUUUUUGUGUUUUACAAAACUGAUGACCGAGAACAUUCAUCCAAAUGCCUGCCGUGUAAAAGGCAGUUUAUUCAGUGGGCAACAGGAGACACUCUAUUCCAUGAAUUACAUCGACAAGAGCUGGGAGAUUUAUACGGCUCAUUGUAGACCGAACGCAGCCCCUCCCCAUGAGCUUACAAUGAAGAUGAGACACUUCCUCUGGAUGCUGAAAGACUUUAAAAUGAUAAAUAAAGAAUUAACAGCAACCAAAUUUGUAGAGGUCAUAGCAGAGGACAAUCCUUUCAUAUAUGAUGGAAUUGACAGCAACUUUGAACUUGAGCUGGUUUUCCUGGAAUUCUUUGAAGCUCUCUUAAGCUUCGCAUUCAUCUCUGUUACUGACCAAAUGACUAAAUCCUGUUUAAAUUUUCCAAAUGAUGACUCGUGUGGAAACAGACAUGGCAGCGCUUAUACGGUAACAAAUCAGCACAGGAGUCCCAGCACGGUCACCAGCCAGGGAUCUGACAGGCACAAUGGCAGUGCCAAAUCAUCUUCAAGCAAGUUAGCACUCUUGUUUGAUUUUAGCAAAAUCAGGAAAUCAGAGCCCAAGAUGAGGAAGGCGCCAAGUGAUGAAAGAAUUUCCAAAGUGAAUUUUAAAUCUCCAGGAAAAGAACUAACCUUUUUUUUAUCUCAAAAUGAGAAAAAAGAAAAAUCCAAGGAGGAAGGGAAUGAAAAGCUCAACAUGUGGGUCAGUAAUAUGUGUAUCUUUUUUGUGAACACAUUCUUCCAAGCACACAAACAUGAAGAAAUUCUCAAGGAGAAAGUAAAGGAAAAUAGGUUACAUCUUGCAGCGAUGGCCAAACAGAGGACGAUUGAAAAUGAGGAACUGGAAGCAAGGCUGGAUAGCUUGAGAGAGGAAGAGGUCAAAAGACUAGACUACGAGGUCGACAUCACUGUGAUUAAGGGACCGGUGGACACCCCAUCCUCGCAUUUCAUGUCAAGCCCCCCGAAAGAGGAAACAGUGGUGUUCCAAUCCAAACCCAUCUCGAGUAAGAAAAAGAAAAAGUAGAGGUCAAGGGAUUUGUAAGUAAACUCCAAGGACAAGCCAAUGUAGAAGGCGUUUAGAACCGAAGCACUGUAACAAUUUCCUGACAGUAAAAUCGUUCGUGUUUGACUUCUUGUCUUAGUGUUUUUGAAAUACCACCUCCUGUGUUUCCGGUUUCUUCUAAGGUUGGCUCACUGAAAUGCCUGCGUUUUGAAGACUGAGCUGAAUGAAAACACAUGUAUGUGGGUAUUCGGUGAGUGUGCUUUCAAUAUGAUUUUUAAAAAGUCCAAGUAAAGUACGGGUGAUUAAGUUUAGGCUCUGAUAAAACUGAUCAGAAAGCCAUGGGGAGAGGAUGAAGCUAUUUAAACAUUUCUCUGGGUCCCUCUCCCCGCAAACAGCUCCUUUGUCCUUGUACCCGCCCUGUAUCCAAGUCCUACCUGUCCUUUACCUGCGCCUCUGAUGUGGCUCCUUCCCUGGUUCCAUCCCACCGAGUCCCACGGCCCUGCAGACAAUACUGCAGAAUCAAAGGCCAAGAACAGCAGCCGGAGCGCAGUCGGCGGUGCAGUGAACACUGUCUGCCUGUUAGAAUGUAUUAGAGCUAAUAAUCUGUGUGAAAAUUUAAGAGUAACCACAAAAGGCAUAAAAAUACAAUCGGCAGCUUCCAUACUAGCAGAAGGAAGGGAACUCAUCCAACAUAAGCCUGGGAAACAGGAAAACAACAAGAAAAAGGAUGGAAACAGAAAACAAAAGCUGGUGGGGAAAAGUGCAAAGAUACUGCGAUCACCAACGUAACAGGUUAAACUCACCCCUCGCCCCACCCCCAGGACAGACUGGAUUAAAAAAUCAAGAUUCACUUCAAUGUGACUCUUUACAAAGGAAACACUUUCAAGAAAACCAUACAGAAAGGAAGAAAAUUAAGAUAUGGAUUAAGGUAUACAAGGAAAAUCUAAUCAAGAUGACCAGAAUAGCAAGCGUAUCAAAGGCAGAUGGAACAAAAUUUAAAGCAAACAUCUCCAUAAUACAGGUCAAAAUUAAUAAAAGGACCAAGAAGCACAGAUGCAUGACUCGUGUACAUCUUACAUACUAACCUUGCAAAAGCUGACAGGACAGAA